AUGGAUACUCGCAAGCUCAUCGGUCUAACAGGAGGGGAAAUAGUCCGGGAAAUCGUUGCCAAGUACGGAACUCAUCAUGUUUUCGGAUACCCAGGAGGCGCUGCCCUGCCCCUGUUCGACGCCAUAUUCAAGAGUUCCAUCUUCCGCUUCAUCCUUGCCCACCAUGAGCAAGGAGCGGGCCACAUGGCCGAGGGGUACGCCCGUGCUAGCGGGAAACCAGGCGUCGUUGUGGUCACUUCGGGGCCAGGAACCUCCAACAUGGUGACUCCCAUGCUGGAUGCCCUUCUGGACGGAACCCCGAUGGUCGUAAUAUGCGGCCAAGUAUCAACAGCCGCCCAGGGCACGCAUGCCUUCCAGGAGAUAGACGUUGAGGCGAUAGCUAAACCAUGCACGAAAUGGUGCACCUGCGUGCGCAGCAUCAGCGAUCUCCCGGACUGCCUGGAGUUGGCAUUUCAUCAUGCCAUGGACGGGCGCUCCGGUCCAGUCCUCGUUGCGGUUCCUAAGGAUAUCGGACUCGCCACCUUUGACGCCCUUGCAUUUGAAGAGUCUUUGAAAAGUUCAUAUAAUGCUCGUGAAAACAGUGACCCGCAAGAGUCUAGUCUCGCUCCGGCGCACAAUACAGAUACCCUUUACGACCAGAUCGACCGUGUUGCGAACGAGAUAAACCAUUCCCAGCGCCCUGUCAUCUGCGCGGGAAACGGGGCUCACAGCGAACACGGCGCUUUGUUCUUGUCAAAAGUGGCCGAAAAGGCUCAAAUCCCGGUCGCUACCACCCUCCUGGGACUCGGCAGCUUUGAUGAGAUCCGAGACAAGUCUUUACACCUGAUUGGCACAUAUGGGUCACCGUACGGCAACUAUGCCAUCCAGAACGCCGACUUGAUCAUUGCGAUCGGCGCCCGUCUAGACGAGCGUGCGGUGGGUAAUGCUGCUGGAUAUGCCCCUAGGGCUCGAGAAACCGAGUCGGGACAAGGCCGUGGGAUCAUCCACUUUGACAUAACACCCGACACGGUGGGCAAGGUCAUCAAGCCGACCGAAGUGGUGGUUGGAGAUUUAUCCCAAACCUUGCCUAUUCUGCUUGCGCGUCUUUCCGGGCAUAAAGGUCGAUCGAGCUGGUUGGAUCAAAUUCAAGAGUGGAAGAGGCAGCAUGCGUUCAAGAUUUUUUAUAGUGACUCAUACACCGGCUCCUGUCGCUGUCUCCCUCAGCAUGUAGUGAGGGAGUUGAACCAACAGACCGCACUGUUCAAACACCGUACGACCAUCACAACGGGGGUUGGGCAGCACCAAAUGUGGGCAACGAGGUUCUAUCGCUGGAGAUACCCCCGGUCCCUCAUCACGUCCGGCAGCCUCGCCACGAUGGGAUUCGGGGUCCCUGCUGCCAUUGGAGCACAACUUGCUCGGCCAGACCAUCAAGUCAUUGAUUUGGACGGUGACGCUUGCUUCAACAUGACCAUGGAGGAACUUCUCACCGCUUCCCAGAAUCAGAUUCCAAUCAAAGUAAUCAUCUUCAACAACGAUCAGCAAGGGAUGAUAAGGCAAAUGCAACAAUCCGACUAUGGUGGCCGAGUGUGUCACGUCCGCCAAGGAAAUCCUGAUAUCGUGAAGCUCAGUCGGAGUAUGGGCUGUCAGUCUCGACGCUGUGGCUGCCUAUACGAACUUCCAGGUUGCAUCCAGUGGCUUCUCAGAUGUCCGGGACCCGCAGUCCUAGAUAUCCUAACAGAUGAUACUGAGAUGAUCCCUUUCGUGCCAAAUGGACAACCAUUGGACCGAAUGCUUCUGGAGCCGACUCGAGCAACUGGGUCAUAA